CGGCAUUUAUGCUCACUUCGGUGGUUCGUCCGCCCACCUAAUUAAGCUGCAUCAAUGCGCACGUAAAGGCCACAUAUCUCCCCUGCCUCCUGCCUCCUGCCUCCUCCCUCCUCCCUCCUCCCUCUUCCCUCGAUCUUUGUGUCACUUAUUUAAAAAACCCUAGAUCUCGCAUCUCCGCCUCCAUUUUCGAUCCGGAUCCCAUCUCCUAGCUCCAUGGCUGGAUUCCUCUACGCCCUCCGCAGAAUCUACCUCUCUCUCUACAACUGGACCGUAUUUAUUGGCUGGUUUCAAGUGCUUUACUUUGCUGUUAAGGCCUUGCGAGAAGGAGGGCCUACGACGGUGUACGAUGCCGUUGAGAAACCGCUGCAGCUAGCACAGACUGCUGCCGUCUUGGAGAUACUGCAUGGGAUUGUAGGAUUGGUGAGAUCGCCAGUGUCAGCGACUUUGCCUCAAAUUGGAUCGAGAUUAUUUCUUGUUUGGGGAAUCUUGUGGAGCAUUCCGGAGACGAGGACACAUGUUCUUGUUAGCUCCUUGGUUAUCAGCUGGUCUAUUACAGAGAUUAUUAGAUACUCCUUUUUUGGUAUGAAAGAAGCACUUGGCUUUGCACCUUCCUGGUUGUUGUGGCUCAGGUAUAGCACAUUCCUGCUUCUGUACCCAACUGGCAUUACCAGUGAGGUUGGCCUCAUAUAUGUUGCUUUGCCCUUCAUUAAGGCAUCCGAGAAGUACUGCAUCAGAAUGCCCAACAAAUGGAACUUCACUUUUGACUACUUUUAUGCAUCGAUUAUUGCUCUAGCAAUCUAUGUCCCAGGGAGCCCUCACAUGUAUGGAUAUAUGCUUGGGCAAAGAAAGAAGGCUCUCUCAAAAUCAAAGACUGCGUGAUUAAGCCUGAGGAAGUAGUGUUUCAUAGAGCUCCUUGUUUCUUUAUAUUGUACUGUAAAUUUGAGCUUGAUUUGAUGCAGGGUUCUGUUGUCAUUAUCAUCUGAAUAUCUAAUAACUCAUCUGUUUACUGUCGUUUGACUUUGUAUGGUUGUAUUCGUUAACAACAUUAAUAUCUGUGGUUGUCUCAUCCAAUUUAAUCUAUUUAGGCGAAGAUAUUUGUGGU